UUGUUUUCUGUUCUCCAGGUUGUAGGUGGCAGGCGAAAAACGCCUGGAUUCUGGCUGCUCUCCAGGCCUGUGACCUUCGGCUCUGGGGGCCACUGGGCAGCCGCGCCUUUUGGGACGGGAGGAGAGAAAGGAGAGGACGCCUGGUUCCCCUGGCUGCUCUUCUCCUCCUGUGACUCUGCCAUGGGUUCACGGAGCUCUCAUGUCGCGCUCAUUCCCGACGUGGACCACAUUUCGCAGAGAGUACGGGCUGUGAUCUCGCAAGCCAGCCUGCUCCGUCUCUAUCAUCGGCCAAGCCUGGACAGGGAGGAAAAGGGCUUCCUGAGCCGCCUAGACCUCCAGCAGAUCGGAGCGCUGGCUGUGAACCCCCUGGGUGACCGCAUUAUAGACAGCUUCUUCCCCAACGGGAGUCAGAGAGUGUAUUUCGCAGGCUUUGCCAGGGUCCUGGCUUAUUUUCGACCUAUAGAUGAAGAAGAUGCCACACUCCGAGACCCCAAGCAACCUGAACCCUAAACAGCAGAAUGAAACAAACUGCGAUUUGCAUUUCAGCUCUAUGAUCUGGAUCGGGAUGGGAAAAUCUCCAAUGAAAUGCUACAGGUUCUCCGCCUCAUGGUUGGGGUCCAGGUGACCGAUGAGCAGUUGGAGAGCAUCACAGACCGCACAGUGCAGGAAGCUGAUGAAGAUGGGGAUGGGGCCGUGUCCUUCCUGGAGUUCACCAAGUCCUUAGAGAAGAUGAACAUCGAACAAAAGAUGAGCAUCCGGAUCCUGAAGUGACCCCUGUGUCUUUGACUCAUGCAAGUGUUUAUGCGGCUUGGGAUUUACCCUUAGGCCCCCUGGAGGCGGGGAUCCCACAAGACAUAUUCUACCUUGAAACCUUGUUUAGGGCUGGGAAAGGGAGUAUGGGGGGAAUGUGUGCUGAAGUCUUAUUUGCUCUCAGAUUUGUGAAUCAGCCAGUGAUUUGGUUGCAAGUGGCUGAAAGGCCAACCCAAAGUGACAUGAUAAAAAAAUGAAAAGAGUGACAUGUGCCCGUGUCUAGACAGACUGGAAGUAGUUGCCUUUAGGCAUAGCCGGACCAAGGACAAGCAUGAUGUCAUCGGGAUUGAGUUUUGUCACCUGGGGUUCUGAGCUUGGCUGCCUUCUUGCACUGGGACCAUUCCUUGGGGUACAAAGGGUGGGACAGCUAUCUGGAUUACAUCCUCUUAGUCUACUGACCCAGAAGAAGCCGUGUCUUACUCCAGAACACCCAACCAAGCAGCAUCAUGACCCAGCUGGGUCUUUUCUCUAUCUCCAGGUGAAUGGAACAUUCAAAAAAAAAAAAAAAAAUCUAUGCCUGUGUCGUAGAAUAAUUCCAAACUCUGAAAUAAGGCCUGAAGGAUUUAACAUGGAGUGAGAGGUGGUCGCCUUAAGGAAGAUGAAGUAAUGUUAUCAGAAAAGUGUGUGCAUGAAUGUUCUGGGGGGGGGGCAUGUGGGGACUGUGUGUGUGUGUUGUUUAUGUUGGUUUUGUUUAGGCAACACAAAUGAUACAUCUCCUUACUACUUCGUUGAGCAAAUUAAAGGAUUAAGGAAAUAUGGCCUCUUGAAUGGGUUUCUCUGAUCCCCUGGAUGAAAGAUAUUGUGAUGGGGUUGGUGGCUAGGCGAGGAUGGGGUACAGUAAUAAACCAUACUUGCUUUCCCAAAGUGUAUAGUUACUCAAGCUUUGUAGAAUAACUUGUUGUGUUCAUGGUAAGAAGUUCAAAACUUGUCAAACGGUAGAAAAGAGUAUAAAAAGUCACAUUGAGGCAGAGUAG